AUGAAUCACCUCAGAGCAACACGGACGAUAUGGGGUAAAAGCGCGACGAUACCCAGAAGCAUAGGACGAACAUCACGAAGAACAUAUGUAGCCGAAGCACCACCGCCUCAUCCACCCAGUUCGCCGCCAAACCCAAACUCGGCUCCUCCGCCAAAAGAGCCAUCGCGGGUAGGCGCAUACUACGGCACCUUUGGCUCGCCCCUCCUAAAAUGCUUCCUCGGCGCCCUCUUCACAUACCAAUUGUCGUACUACCUUUGGUAUAAACUCGAAGCUAUCGAAGAGACACACGACACCAAGGCCGAGAUACGCGAUUUGCAGGAGGAGCUUCGGCAGGCAAUAGAAAAACAGCGUCUCAUUGCGCAAGAGAAGUGGGGACAGGCCACCGAAGCUUUUGAGAAGGAGAAGGAGGAGUUUGGGCAGGCGGUUGAUGCUGUUACUGAGGAGUUCAAAGAAGGUGUGGAUGAGGUUGGCAAGGGUACAAGGGCUGUGAGCAGGGUUGCCCGGGGUGGCUGGUGGCCUUGGUGA